AUGCCUUUUGGGAUUGAAAAAGUUUUCCGUCGCAGCCAGCCUUCCGAGGGCAUCUUGGACAAGCACAACGCCACUCGUAAUGUUCCACAGUGGACCAAGACAGCCAACCCCGAAUUCUUUCCUACUUCGUGCUCCGUCUCUGUCAUUGAACCCGUCAUCUCGAAUACCAUUGUUCUCGGCUAUCUACUUCUUACUAUCGUUUGCGUGUGGCUCAGUCUGGCACCGCACAACUUCAAGAGAAGGCGACGUGGGUGGAGUGUAUAUGCUGUCCUGGCCGUAUCCGCCGUAAUCAGGAUGUGUCCGCUUGACUGGACUGCCCCAUCCCUUUCCAGCAUCCUCAGCUAUGCAUUUAGUGUGGUGCCCCAGCUCUGCACCCAUGAACUCUUUUUCGGACUCACAAGCCAUCUUUUGUGUUUCCUGUGUGCUCAACUCGUGUUCCAUUUGCACCAACGACUUCCGCCCACCCAUCCCGACACUGUUUUUGUACAUAUGUUGAUCUGGGUCAUCCCACUCGCCAUCAAUAUGACCAGCGCUAAUUUGAAUCGGACUUUCUGGCUACUCUAUCAAACGGGAUGUAACAUCAGGACAUUACCCACCGUCAGCCAGCUUCGUUAUGGCAUUCUUCGUUUGCACGAACUUUGUGUCCUUCCAUCAACGCUCGGUCAAGCAAAUAAAACGAUCAUCCAUGGGUCUCUACUCGCCAAUCUUCUCAUAUUUGGCAUCUGCCUUGCGCUCUCCAACCUUCACAGAGCAGCACGCGCUAGAAGCAUUCAGAAUUGUGCAACGAUGGGACUUGGACUACCUGAUCCUGGAACGAAGGCGAGCAGUUUUGGCGUGUUUGGGCGGUUGCUAUGCGGACUGGAGCACCCUAGCGUGGACACACAAACUCAUUGUAACUCUGCCGGCGGUGGUCUUCUAUGGCCAAGCAUAUCUUCUCCCAUUGAUUCAGCACCGUCGCAGACGGCAGAGAGCAUAAAUCGACAUGAUGUAGUCUCGACGAAAACAGCAACGAACGACAGUAUCAUUCGGAAUCGCGCAGGACCCCAUUCUGCCAAGUUUUUUUGA